CCUACCCACUUCAAAUAAUUGUCAGGUUUCUAGAUCAACACAGGAACGGCUGAGACUCACACCUUGCAGCACCGACUUCGUUUCCCUUCGCAUUAUCCAAGAAAACUUUCCCUUUCCCUAUCCUAGAUUUACACUCGGCGCGACCCACGAUGCCUCCCAAGGAGAAGCCCACUCCGGACUCUGCGCACUCCCAUGAGAUCACCGGCCAGAGCGCUCUUCCUAUUUCGCGGAUAAAGAAAAUCAUCCAAUUAGACGAGGAUAUAGUACAAUGCUCAAGCAACGCUACGUUUGUGAUCGCGAUGGCUACAGAAAUGUUCAUCCAAUAUCUCACAGAACAAGGGCAUAAUGUCGUCAAAUCCGAACGAAAACCACGAAAGCUCAUCCAAUACAAAGAUCUAGCUACGGCGGUUUCGCGAAUCGAUAAUCUAGAAUUCCUCUCCGACGUUAUCCCCAAGACGACCACCUAUAAACAAUUCAAGGAAAAGAAGGCGAAGGAAGCCAUCAGAGAAGCCGAGAUCGAGAAAGGACAGCGCACACUGAAUGGAACUGUACCACAUGCCAAUGGGGAAUCAGAGCAUCAGGAAGAACUACAAGCUAUAGAAGAAAAGCCAUUAAAGAGCCCUCGGACGCCGGUGGUCAUGCAUGCGACUGGAGCAGUGAGCACGCUGGUGGUCGAUCGGACUGUUGACAACCAGAGCAAGGGAGAGGACGGGGAUGUGGAAAUGGUUGACCAGUAA